CAACAACCAAUGGUAGACAGAGACAAUAUUCACUGCAGAACUAUGUCUUAUAGAUGGAAUGAUCAGGCUUCAAGAGAAAACAAUCAGAUGUUUGUUCCAAGAGAAGAAAGCAUGUCCCCAGGUUACAGAGACCUAAACAGUGUUGACCAAUUCAGUGAGAUGUCAACAUUGUCAUCUCACACUGAUAGUGGUCAUGACUGGAGUGCCAGUAAUGCUGGACACUAUGAGGAACUGCCAGACCUGUGCCGUUACCAAGGUGAACUUACAUGGAACAGGAGAAAUCAACUUUCACCUACACUGAACAGAUCACAGGGAGAUAACAAUAACAGAUAUUAUCAACAUAACGCUGACAUAAACACGACCUGUUAUCCUGACCAAAUACCUGGUACCACAUGGAAUUUAACUGAACAACCAGUUUCAGUACCAAUGACAAGUCCGUUUACUUCAAACAGUAAUCCACCUCCACCAGAUGUACCUAAAGUAACAACACUGCCAGACAGUAUCUUCAAUACCUUAGGUAUCACCAAUUUAUAGCUAUUACAAAACGCUUAGUUAUCAGCUUUAAGAGAACAAUGAAAUAAUAAUAAUAUACACGUCAAUCAUCUCGUCUAGGUCGUCCCAUGGGAUGCUCCAUAACUGUUUCCACAUGUUUCCCCCAUUCAUCUCCAUCUUCCAUAAUGGUCCUCAGCUCCUGUGCCCCUUCCAUACCCGUAUCCUCUAGCAUAUUUUAUCUUACUCUUUACUCUCUUUUUACUCUCUUUUACUAGUUUCAGUCAUUUGACUGCGGCCAUGCUGG